AUGAAGCGGUCUCAAGGGAAACCGACCGGCCGUGGUUUGGAAGGACCCCGCUCCGGUUUCUCGGGCUUCGGAGGCUUUGGCACCGCCGGCUCAGGGACUUCAUUGUCGUACCUCGCUGAGCCUCCUUCAUUUGCUGCUGUCUCAGAUCCGAAUGUUGUUGUGUCGCUCAAGAACAUUCUAAAGAAGGACAGCACCACCAAGGCUAAAGCGCUCGAGGAGCUACUAGCUUAUGUACAGGCUCAUCCAUUUGACAAGGAUGGCGGGGUUGAAGAGGACAUCCUCGACGUUUGGGUCCAAAUAUAUCCUCGCACAUCGAUAGACAACUCUCGCCGAGUGCGCGAACUGACGCACAACCUUCAGUUUGAGCUCAUGAAAUCAGCCCGCAAGCGUUUUGAGCGCCAUCUGCCAAAGAUCGUCGGUGCAUGGCUUGCCGGCCUGUAUGACCGCGACCGUGUUGUUGCAAGGGCUGCUAGCGACGGUCUAACCUCGUUCCUCAACACCCCUGAAAAGGUCCUUGCGUUUUGGACCAAGUGCCAGGGCCAGAUCCUUGACUAUGCCAUUGAUGCUAUCCAGGAAACACAAGAUACCCUGAGCGAUGAACGAUCAACGACGGCGGAGGAUGCCGAGGCAAAGUAUUACCGGGUUGUUACUGCUAGCUUGUCACUUGUCUUGAGUCUACUACAAAAGGUCGAGCCAAGUCACCUGGAGAAGUUGCAAUCUCGAUACGAUGACUUUUUUGCAGAGGAAAACGUUUGGAAGACCAUUACUUUCAAUGACUCGUCGGUCAGGAAGACAGUAUGUCAGCUGCUGUUCGCCACCAUCGACCGGAAGUUGCCAUAUGCCGAUGAUGCGAAGGUCAAGCAAGCCUUCAUCACAGGAGGUCUAAAGACCAACCAAGCUGGCUCGGCGCUCGAAUAUGUGCGAGCGCUGACAAAAAUGACCCAAACAUAUCCCGAUGUUUGGACAUCGACGAAGACACCGACCGGUCCAAAGUCUCCUCUUGGCAGGCUGCAGGCAUUCGUUGCAAAGGGAUCUCAAGGAAGUCCGCCCAAGUUUUGGGAGUACUUAGAUCAGCUUCUGAUGGUUCUGCCAUCGGAUUUGAUCACACCCGAGGUCGCUUCUCAAUUUUUGUCCUCUCUCAAGUCUGGCAUCACACAUCGCGAUGAGCCUCGAACGAACACUUCUUAUGCAUGGAAGUGCUUCAUCGACACAGCCAAGCGUCUCCUCAAGAACCUCCCAGCCGAGGACCAACUACCAUUUGUGCAGGAACACCUCUUUCCUCUUAUUGAGCAGUUCUUAUUCUCGGUAUCAGAAAAGACUGUAGCUAUACCGCUUGGUCCAAACGCGAUUUCCGUCCUGGUCGAAGCCUACAUCGCCACUGUCCAAGCGUCACCAUCCGUGGUAUCCGCGUCCAAGGAAGAAUGGGACCGCCUCGCCAGUGUCUUCUGUGCCAAGAUCUCCGGAUCAUUGCCAGAGGUUUCGCGGGAGUACCAGCAAUCUCAAGAAAAGAUCUCUGAGGAAGGUCGACGGUGGUUCGGUCUCGUGGGCCAGAUUGAGGAAAAGAUAGGUGAUCUGGAGGAAGACGUGCCAGACCACACGGCUCAACCCUCCCUCAAGGCCAUUUCUCAGAGUAUCACACUGCUGGAGAGCCGGAACUUGAAGCCAUUUGGUGCAGCUCGAAUCAUCGAAUAUGCAUUGAGUAUGGCACCUCGCUUAUUCGACGGUGAAGGGGCUGUAAUGCUCUCGACGUUCUUCACUGCUUUGGCUCGUGAAGAUGCUGCCAAAGCUGUCACUUCGCCCUCUUCAAGAUACCUUCUCUCCUCGCUUCAUCUUUUCGGCUCUGUGUCGACCCAAUUCGCACCUAUCUGGAACUCUUGGGUCGAGGCUGUCCUCGAUCUACCAUCAGAGGCUACUCGUGACGUCGCCCUUGCAUCACUGAUCUCCAACGAUAGAGGAGCUGUUCUCGCCAAGGGAAACAUGGACUUGCAAAAGCACAUUAUCGGCCAGGCUAUUCUUUUGGCGGUCGGUGGUAGCAACGAUUGGGAAUUGUUGGAGGCUGCUGUCACAUAUCAGACUCUUACCGACAGCAAUUACCGAGACCUUGUUCAAGCUCUUGUCGAAAUCCUUGAGAAGGAGCCUUCGAAGACGGAAUCAACCCUCCAAGCCUUGGAGAUUACUGCCAAGGGCCGACCAGAGCUGUUCUCCCGCGAUGAGCGCGUUCACACAACAUUGGUAGCUCUGCUUCUCGGUCUCUCUGAGCUUGAAGAUUCCACUAUUUCUUCAAAGGCGACUGCCAUCCGCAAUCUUCUCGAUACUCACACUGACGGAAAGUUACCUGUUGUUGCUGUCGUUCAGGCCAACCUCGAACGAGCGGGAACGCAGUCUCUGGACAUUAACACGUUGGUGUCACAAGCAUACAACGCGGUCUCGAGUGAUAUCCCCUCUGAAGAGCUCUUUCCAAGCACCAACGUGUGGAUGAAGGAGCUCGCGCCAUUGUUGGAACUGUCCGUCAAUCCUGCUCUAUCAAUUACUAAUAGCAUCGGUGGUGCUGCUGCUCUGGUAAAAGGAGCUCCUCGAUCUGCCAACCUAAGAAUUUAUCGGGACAGAAAGGGACGUGCCAUUCCUGCAAGGAUGGCUCUUUAUGUGUCUCAGCUUUCGGAGAAGCUUCCACUGUCUCAGUUGCCCAAACCCUUCCAGCUUGAGUUGUUGUAUCUUCAGUGUCUGACUGUGCAGCUCAUCUCUGAUCAAAUCACCUGUAUGGAGGAGAACCGAUUGUGGCAGACUCUGAAGCAUGCUGAAGGAAGUGCACAGGCCGAAGAGUUCGUCUCCAAGACACGUGGGAUCUUGAAUCAAUUGGCUGUUGAUGCUAGCGCCUGGAGCGACUCAGAAGAGAAGCCGAUCAUCCAAGACCUUAUUGAUCUGUUGACCGAACACUCUCAGGAGCUGACACCCAGAGGUCUAUACAGUGCACGUGCACUCAGUGAGCUUGUUCAAUUCCUAGCUGAGGCACAUGGGGCAUCAUCCAGUUUCGAAGAUGCUCUUCUGAAGCCUGAUGUUCUCAAGAUUAGCCCUACUACCGUCCUGCCGGCUUCGGCUAUCAUUACUGGGUUUGGCGAGACUCUGCAGCCAUCCAAGAUUGCAAACAACUUCUGCAACAAGGUCGUGAGUGAGAUCGCAGGAGCCAAGGCAGAUAGUGACAAGACGUUGAUGACUCUUGUUCUUCUGUCUCAAUGUGCUCAGAUUUACGAGGCGGGCGAAAUGCCAGUCGCUAACAACCGAAUCGUUUUUGCCGUUCGUCAAAUCACCUCUUGGCUUGACGAGCCCGAGAGCUUGAGCCCGGCUCUCUGUGCCGAGAUUUGUCGGGCAUUGAACAAACUGCUACCUUGUAUGAAGGACGUUUACGGAUCUUACUGGGAAAAGACUAUCGAGUUUUGCAUAUCGCUGUGGAACCGUGCACACGAGUUCGAGUUGAACGAGGCUCUUCCCUUCAUUCACUCCUCACUCAAGUUAUUCAAGACAAUUGAGUCUUUGCAGGAGCCUAACGACGAUCUUGAGGAUGCCCUGAAGGAGUACGCCAGUGCCAAGCCUAGGGCGUUGAUUGAGCUGCUGCGACUUCCUCGAGAUACUCGCUCUCAGCCACUUGAGAUUGUGGAUGCCAUGCUUUGCCGAGAGGCCCAGAAGAUCUCUCUGCGACAUGUGCCUGAUCUGUCUGAUAUCUUUGGCUUGGUGGCGUCGGAAUCGCGGGACAUCCAGACAGCUGCGUUUAACCUGCUUCACCAAGCUCUUCCUGAACAGCAACAGCAGAAGUCCAUUGAUGCUUUGCUGGAAAAGACAGGUAUGUGUAACGGUCUACACCAUGAGGACCAGGAAUUGACAGUCUCAGACGCCCGACUCCCUGACGAACUCCUCUCACUUCUUCUUGACGCCCCUACGCUCGAAAAGUACUCAGACGAAAUGCUCGCCGAAUUUCCCUCACCUAUCCGCUCAUACCUCCUCUCCUGGAAGCUUGUCUUUGAUGCUUACUCGACAUCAUCGUUCAAGAUCCGAAACGACUUUACCGACAACCUUAAGCAAGAUAAUUGCGUAGGGCCACUGCUAGACUUCAUGUUUGAUGUGCUAGGUCACUCAGCUGCUCAUCCGUUGAAGUUAGAAAAGGUCAACCUCACUUCAGAGCACAUCCAAGACUAUGAUGUCAAAUUGGCAGAGUCGGAGCCCGAGGAGAAGGACAUGCAGUGGCUAUUGGUUCAUCUCUUCUACCUUCUUCACAAGUACACACCUGGCUUGUUCCGUGCUUGGUACAUCGACUGUCGCUCGAAGCAGACACGAAUCGCUGUUGAGUCGUGGACAACCAAGUACUUCUCACCCAUCAUAGUCUCAGACGUCCUAGAUGAAGUCCAAAAGUGGGCUGAUAGCCAGGAGCCUCCUGCUAUGGACGAGAAAGAACUUGUUGUACGUGUCGCGCGAUCCUCCAGAGAAAUCAUAGCUGGCUAUGAAGUCGACGAGGAUCAAGCAGCAAUUGCCAUCAAGAUCCCUCAGAACUACCCCAUCGAGAAUGUCUCUGUACAGAGUCUAAACCGUGUCGCUGUCAAUGAGAAGAAGUGGCAGAGUUGGAUCAUGACGACACAGGGUGUCAUCACCUUCUCCAACGGCAACAUCAUCGAUGGUCUUCAAGUCUUCAAGCGAAACAUUCUCGGUGCGCUUAAGGGGCAGAGCGAGUGUGCUAUUUGCUACAGCAUUAUCUCGACUGACAAGCGCAUGCCCGAUAAGAGAUGUACUACUUGCAAGAACUUGUUCCACAGGACGUGUUUGUACAAGUGGUUCCAGAGCAGUAACCAGAAUACGUGCCCGCUGUGUCGAAAUCCAAUUGACUAUCUGGGUUCGGAUACGAAGAGAAGGCAGGGUUAG